ACAUUGUUUUUGUUUUCUUGUGUUCAGAUGCGAGCGUGUUGAGGUUUGACGAGGAAAUAUUCCGAAAUAUUUUCAAUAAAUUUAAAAGAAAAACAUUAAAUGCAAGGAAUGAUCUGCCUAUUUAAGUAGAACCAGUAAAGGCAUAACCUUUCCACCUUCUCCGAUCUAAAAAAGAACGAUCUUCAUUACAUUACACACAGAAUCCAAGAGAUGGGUAGUUACAGAAUGUGUCUCGUCUUCACGAGGAAGUUCAGAGUCACCGAGCCAGAUCCUGUCGAUGACGUCAGACACGUCUUCCAGAAAUACGCAGAAGGCGAGGCUCACAUGACGCCGGAGCAGCUACAGAAGCUCAUGGCGGAUGAAUCAGGAGGAGGAGGAUCGAGUCUCGAGGAUGCUGAGAGAAUCGUCGACGAGGUGCUUCGACGUAAGCACCACAUUGCAAAGUUCACCAGACGUAACCUCACCAUCGAGGAUUUCAACUAUCUUCUCUUCUCCACUGAACUCAAUCCUCCCAUCGGCGAUAAGGUCCAUCAGAACAUGGAUGCUCCUUUGUCUCAUUACUUUAUAUUCACAGGCCACAACUCCUACUUAACCGGAAACCAGCUCAGCAGCAAUUGCAGUGAUCUUCCCAUUGCAGAUGCAUUGAGACGAGGUGUGAGGGUGGUUGAGUUGGAUCUAUGGCCACGUGGUAACGAUGAUGUCUGUGUUAACCAUGGAAGGACCUUGACCAAACCAGUGAAACUUGGGAAAUGUUUGGAAUCUAUUAAAGCUAAUGCAUUUGCUACUUCAAAGUAUCCUGUCAUUAUUACUCUUGAAGAUCAUCUCACUCCUAAACUUCAAUCUAAAGUAGCCAAAAUGAUAACUCAAACGUUUGGAGAUAUGUUGUAUUACCAUGACUCUGAAAGCUGCAAAGAGUUUCCUUCACCAGAAGAGUUAAAGGGAAAGAUUCUAAUAUCGACAAAACCACCAAAGGAGUACUUAGAAGCUAACGAUGCCAAGGAGAAAGAUAAUGGAGAGAAAGGCAAAGAUUCAGAUGAGGAUGUAUGGGGCAAGGAGCCAGAAGAACUUAUUUCCACGCGGUCUGAACUCGAGAAGGUCGCAACUAAUAUAAGUUAUAAUAGUCAAGAUGAUGAGGAUAGAGGUUCUCGUGAUUUUGAUGCGUCAUGCCCAUUACAAGCACCAGAAUACAAGCGCCUUAUUGCCAUCCAUGCCGGGAAGCCAAAGGGCGGUUUAAGGAUGGCUUUGAAGGUUGAUCCAAACAAAAUCAGGAGGCUUAGCUUGAGUGAACAAUUACUUGAGAAAGCUGUUGCAUCAUAUGGUGCUGAUGUAAUAAGAUUCACACAGAAGAAUUUUCUGAGGAUAUACCCAAAAGGCACAAGGUUUAACUCUUCAAACUAUAAACCACAGGUUGGUUGGAUGAGUGGAGCUCAAAUGAUUGCAUUCAACAUGCAGGGGUAUGGAAGAGCAUUGUGGCUGAUGCAAGGAAUGUUUCGAGCGAAUGGAGGUUGUGGUUAUGUCAAGAAACCAGAUUUUCUAAUGAGUGUAGGUCCUAAUGGACAAGUUUUUGAUCCCAACGAGAACUCCUCUCCAAAGAAAACAUUAAAGGUGAAAGUCCUUAUGGGAGAUGGAUGGCACCUUGACUUCAAAAAAACUCACUUUGAUCUUUACUCUCCUCCAGACUUCUACGUUAGAGUGGGUAUUGCUGGAGCACCUGCUGAUGAGACCAUGGAGAAAACAGAAGUAAAGUAUGAUACGUGGACACCCAUAUGGAACCAGGAGUUCACAUUCAAGCUAACUGUUCCUGAACUUGCUCUGCUCCGUGUUGAAGUGCAUGAGUAUGAUGCAAAUGAAAAAGAUGACUUUGGAGGUCAGACUUGUUUACCAGUGUCCGAGUUAAGACAAGGCAUACGAGCUGUUCCACUCUUCAACCGAAAGGGAGUGAAAUACAGCUGCACACGGCUUCUUAUGCGCUUCGACUUUGUCUGAAGACGACCAUUUUUGGUUCUUGUAUCCUUCUAGAUUCAUGUAUCUUCUCUUGUUUAUUUGAUAUGUUCUGAGAAAUAUAUAGAUCCUUUUGCAUUCCUUUAAAUAUCUUACCAGUUUCUUGGGA